GGAGGCAUUUAUGACCCUGGUCUCUUCCUCUUCUUCCAUCCCCAAUCCAUCACUUCACCUCUCCACGCUUCUAGCCAGCCAGCCAUGACCUUGGCCGGAUGAACCCACAACCACUUUGCAGAUCCUCUCGCGCCCAUCGCACCAUCGUACUCCCCAUGCCACGACCUUUCCAUCGAUCCAUCUCUCGGGCACAUGCAUUGAGGUUGUCCGUUCUCCGUUCCAGGGCUCACUGCUAGCCAGGACGCGAGGGCGAGGAGAGUAGUGUCGAUGAGCGGUGGACCGGACGCCGCCUCGCUGGAGGUUCCCUCCGAGGAUGGCGGGAGCGGCGAGUGGCACCGCAUUUUCAACCGGGUUGAGGCGCUGCUGCCGCGGGUCGAGGAGCUCGCCGCGGACCGUGCUCGCCUGGAGGAAACCAGCAGGACCCAGCAAGAACUGUCGGCAGCACGCGAGAACAGCCUCCAUGCCCGCCUCCUCCAGGCGAAGGCGAGCAGGUGGAGGUGGAAGACGGCCUACAUUGAGCUGCCUCUCUUGGCGAAUCCCAAGAUCAUCGAACUCAAAGAGAAUGAUUUGGAGGAUUCCAGGAAAUGUGAAGCUCUUGUUGACGUCGAUGACUCAGGACCAGAGAUACCACUCAAGGGAGCUAAAAGGCAUUUAGAGCGCAGUGAAACAAAUGUGAGUUAUGAGGAUAUUGUCAGAGAUUUAAGAGCUGAGCUAACAAAGUUAAAGCAAGCUUAUGAGACCCUGAGCACAAACAAGGAUAAGGAAACUUCUGAAUCAGCACACAAGCUUCAGCGGAACAUAGAGGAGAUGUUUGAUGAUGCAGAAAACAAGAUGUGGAUCUUUGUCAAGAUCUGUGAUAGCAAGACCGUCACUCUGGAGGUCGUGGAUUCAGAUACGAUCUAUAGCAUCAAGGCUAAGAUUCAAGACAAGGAGGGCAUACCUUCAUGCCAGCAGAGGCUCAUGUUUGAUGAUCAGCUAUUGGUGGGCAGCUGCACCCUGAAGGACCACAACAUCCAGAACGAGGCCACCCUCACCCUUCACCUUGUCCUCCAAGGGAUGCAUAUCUUUGUCAAGCCGAUCGUUGGCAAGAUCAUGACCUUUGAGGUUGAUAGAGCAGAUAUCGUGUACAGUAUAAAGGCGAAGAUUUUCGAUGAGACGGGCAUUCCCCCAGUUGUGCAGCUCCUCACCUUUAAUCGGAAGGUGCCGAAGGAAGACCGCACCUUGGCCUAUUAUGGCAUACAAAGCGACUCUACCCUUCAUCUUGACUUCCGCACCCCGCUUAGAGAUAGGAUAGGCAUCUCGAUCAGGACGCUUACUGGGAAGAUCAUCGUUCAACGGAAUGGUAUGCGCUCAGAGACCAUUGGCAACAUGAAGGUGAAGAACUAUGUCGAGUUGGGCAUUCCCAUGGACCAGCAGUGCCUUUCCACAGGCGGAAAGCCGCUUGAGGACGGCUGCACUGCGGAGGAGGCGAAGAAUUGUUGUUCUUGUGAUCUCCUUCUGCAACUCCGUCUUCCUAGUGGUCAGCGAGAUGAAUGAAGUGAUCUUGGCUGUGUCUUUUCGUCCCGAAUGUAGUGUAGAGAUGGAAGUUGGUCUUCCACUUUUGCUGAUCUUAGAGAGAGCUCAGAAUAGGUAGGGAUUGAAACUGAAGAGCUGGUUUGUUAUCAUGCAUGGGGCUUAUUUUGGGGUAAUGCAGGUUGUAAGAUUGAUGAACAAAAGCCCUGUUUCUGGGAUGGCGACUGUCAUCGACAGACCCUUGUCCUUGUGGCUUUGUUGGGUACUUGUAUUAACACUUGGGGUAAUGCCAGGUAGUACCUGAUAUCUUAGCACUUUAACAA